GUGGGCAUGAAAGGAAAGUAAAUUUGCACUGAAUUUUGAUAUCAUACUAAAAGUUAAUAGGAUUAUAUACAAAAUAAAUAUUUUGUAUCAACUAAGUGUAAAGCAGAUUAAUAGUGUGUGAAGAAGUGGAAAGUAUUCAUUUGAAUUGAAGAAAAACAUGGCUUAAUCAUUUUUCCAUUGUGUUGAAAAAAAUAUAUAUUUGCUUUUAUUUUUCUCAAUUCGGAAUUUCCAUUUCCAAAAAAUUUGAACAGCUGUUAUGAAACGAAAUAUGUAAGUUCUCGCAAGAAAUUCUUCUACUGAUCUGUGAACUCAAGAGAACUUGUGUCCAUGGGGGAAGUGCAAUAAAAUAUCCGAAAAUAAAACGUUGCUGCAGUGCAUUGAUAUUUAAAGUUCUUUGUUGUAAUUUUGUAUAUUGUAUAUUUACAACAAAAAUCAAGUAAUCAAAAAAAAGCGAAGUAUAUAUGUUUAUUUAUAUACAACAUAUAGGGCAGAAGAAAUAUAUAGAAAUAUAAAAUUGAUUAUUUGACAUUUUCGACUUUGCUGGCUCUUUGGUAAAAUGACAAAGCAAUGCCUACUUCACAAUACUGCCAACAGCUGCAGCAACUUUAUCACAACAACAACCGAAGAUUUAGAAGCAGAUCCAUUACCAAAAUAUCAACAUGAUAAAAAUCGUGGAAAGUGGGGAUCGAAAACCGAGUUCAUGUUGUCCUGUAUAGGAUAUGCUGUUGGUAUUGGCAACGUCUGGCGUUUUCCAUAUUUAUGCUAUCGCAGUGGUGGUGGUGCUUUCCUGGUUCCUUACUUGCUAAUGUUAUUUUUUUGUGGAAUUCCUUUAUUUUUUAUGGAAAUCGUUAUGGGCCAAUUUUCAAGUACUGGCUGUAUUGGCGUUUUCCGUUUGGCACCGCUUUUAAAAGGAGCUGGAUUUGCAAUUGUGGUUGUUAAUUUCUUCUGUACCUGUUAUUAUUCCGUGAUUUUAGCAUAUCCAUUAUUAUUUAUGAAAAAAAUUUUUACCAAUACAUUGCCUUGGACAUCGUGUAAUAACUCCUGGAAUACGGAACAUUGUAUUGAUAUAUCAGAGCUUGCGCACCAUAAUUUUACCGAUCACAGUGGUUUCAAGACGCCAGCUGAUGAAUUUUUUCACUUAGAAAUUCUUAAACUAUCCAGCGGCAUUAGUGAGCUUGGUGAAAUAGUAUGGCCACUCUUUUGGUGUUUAGUAUUAGCUUGGUUAGCAGUUUACAUUUGCAUUAUCAAAGGCAUUAAGACGGUGGGCAAAGUGGUAUACUUUACAGCAACAUUCCCAUUUUUUAUAUUAAUAGUUUUAUUUAUGCGCGGCAUCACACUCACAGGUGCCAUGAAAGGCAUCUUAUUUUAUAUCAAACCAGAAUGGUCGCGACUAUUAGACUUAAAGGUUUGGGCCGAUGCUGCUAUACAAAUAUUUUUUUCUUUGGGUCCUGGUUGGGGUGGCAUAGUAAAUAUGGCCAGCUUCAACGAAUUUCGCAAUAAUGCCAAAACGGAUGCCAUUAUAAUACCAAUUGUAAAUUGUUUUACCAGCAUUUUUGCCGGCUUUGUGGUAUUUUCAGUGCUCGGGUUUUUAUCGCAUCAAACUGGUAUACCGGUAGCAACGGUUGCUACUUCAGGACCUGGUUUGGCCUUUGUUACCUAUCCACAAGCAAUUGCCAUGCUGCCGCUUCCACAUUUAUGGGCUGCUUUGUUCUUCCUAAUGCUAUUCCUAUUAGGAUUGGACAGUGUGUUUGUGCAAAUAGAAGCAAUUAUAUCCUCAGUGCUGGAUGAAAUCCCAAAACUGCGCGCCUACAAAUUCGUAACUACAAUUACAACGUGUACAGUCAUGUUUUUGAUGUCCAUCAUAAUGGUUACUAGAGGAGGCAUGUUUAUUCUUCAACUCUUCGAUUGGUAUGCUGCGUCAAUUUCUGUGAUUUUUAUUUGCAUACUAGAAGUGGCAAUGGUAUCGUGGAUUUAUGGUGUUCAAAAUUUUAUAGAUGACAUUUAUUUUAUGACAGGUAAAAAGCCUGGUUUAAUUUGGUACAUAUGCUGGAAAUAUGUAACACCCAUAAUAUUGAUUGGAAUAUUCUUCACGACUAUUGUUUUCAAUCGUGACAUAACCUACAAUGGUAUUGUCUACCCUAUGUGGGCUAUUACGAUUGGUUGGUUGAGCUGUUGUACCUCAAUUGCGUGCAUUCCCAUUUAUAUUCUAUAUAGAAUGUGUGGAAAUCGUAAGGAUUUUCGUAACCAUCUAAGGGAGAGCCUUACGGCGGCAGAUUGGACACCAGCAGAUGAACAAAAUCGGUUAGGUUACGAAGAAUUUAAACGCUCACGAAAGGUUGCUGGAGAACUAUAUAAUAUAAAUUUGAACAGAAUGGAAAUAUAGAGGUUUCGAAUGUUUCAACUAUUCUAUCAUACGAGGGCGGUUUGAUAAGUCAGUGACUUUUUGAAUAAAACAAAUUUUUUUUCGGCAAAUAAACAUUUUAUUUUUCUACAUAAUUACCUUUUACCUCGAUACAUUUAGUACAGCGUUUUUCUAAUUUUCUAAUUCCCUCCAAAUAAUAGGUUCUCUCAAAGCUCUCAAAAUGCGCAUUUGUUUCACCUACAUAAUGACUUCUUCAUUCGACUCAAAUCUCUACCGCCCAGCCAUUUCUUUAGGUUUGGAACAAGAAAAUGGUCGCUGC